GUUGAAUAAUACCUAUGGCAAUGUCAUAGAAACAGAAAAGUUAACAAGCUUAGUCAGAAACAGUCAUUUCAUACAGAUCCUCCUUUUAAGUAAGUUCCCUGUCUGCAGCUAUAGCCUUUCUGCCUCAGUUUCUGCGUAACUGAUCAUGAAAUAGGGGAAACAAUGUUUGUGGAUAAUGUUUUCAGGUUAAAUUGGAGAGAUGGAACCACAACAAGAAAUGGAGUGGAAUGAAGCCCAAAAGAUUCCAAUAAGCGUGGACCUUAUAGUUGUGGCAAAAAAGCAGCUUCAGUUCCUUGCAGCUGUUGAUAGGAACCGUCACCUCUAUGACGGUCCUGCCCUUGAAAGGGCUAUCUAUAGGUACAAUGCUUGUUGGCUUCCCUUGCUUGCCAAGCAUUCCGAGACUCCCAUUUUUGAAGGGCCAUUGGAAGUUCCUCUUGACUGUGAAUGGGUUUGGCACUGUCACAGGCUCAACCCGGUAAGGUACAAAUCUGACUGUGAGGAACUUUAUGGACGGGUACUUGACAACUUUGGUGUUGUCUCUACUGUUGAAAGAAUUUGUGGCAGACAAACUGAAGAAAUCUGGAAUAAUCUGUAUCCUGAUGAGCCCUACAAUGUUGAUUUGGUUAAUCUUCUCCCAGAGGAUAUCUCUGAAAGGAUUUCUAAUCUUGAAAAAUGCACCAACUAUGAUCUGAUUUCAGCUGCUAAGAGGCAGAGCCCAUUCUUUUACCAGGUAUCAAGAACGCACAUGAAAAAUGAUCUCUUUAUCAAGGAAUCUGUGGCCAGAUACAAAGGGUUUCUGUAUCUCAUCAAGAGAAACAAGGAAAAGGGUAUAAAACGCUUUUGUGUUCCAACAUAUGAUAUUGACCUAAUCUGGCAUUCUCAUCAGUUACAUCCAGUUGCUUAUGGUAAAGACCUCAAUGAAGCACUUGGAAAAGUAUUGGAGCAUGAUGAUACAGACUCAGACAGAACUAAAGGAAAGAAACUGGAUGUUGGUUUUUCUAGAACCACCAAACAGUGGGAAGUCACAUUUGGUACAAGAUAUUGGAAGGCUGGAGCAAUGUAUAGGGGUAACGCACCGUCCCCUAUCACAAGUAACCCUUUUUCAUCUAGCAUUAUAUGCAAGAAGGUUGUUUCUUCAAAUGAGUACCCACAAGAAGUUUUGCUACCAGACCGGAAAGUUAUGGAGGUUUUCUUGGAGUUCAUUGGGGUUAAAAACUUAUCAGAGGGACAGGAAGGAGAUCUGUCUGUUUUAUUUUCCAAAUCACAGCCCGAUGCAUUCUUUGAUGCUAAAAGGAGACUAAGUAUUUUAUCAGUGUCUAGAGAGAAACAGGUUGCAUCUUUCCGAUGUGAACCUACAGGAGAGCUGCUUUUUGAACUCAUGUCCUCUUCUUCUUCCAAGUUAUCAAUAAGAAAAUCAACAAAGACACUCGGUUCUGCAUCUUUCUCUAUGAAAGACUAUCUUGACCCAGUUUCAAAACUCUAUGUUGAGAAAUGGUUGGAGUUGGUACCAAGUUCUGAUACUACAAGCUCAAAGCCAAUCUUGUUACGUGUAGCAAUCUCAUUUACUGUCCCAGUUCCUGCCUCAUAUACACUUGAAAUGACUCAGUCUCGUCCAUUUUCCAAAAAUACAUGUCUCUUCAACCUUCCUGUUAGGCCCCAACAUGCUAAAAGCUGGACACAUGUCACAGAUGAAAAUGGCACUAGAAUCAUCAGCCUUCAAAUUAGGGAUUUGAAGAAUGCAAUGAACAUAGGAAACCCUGGAAAGGAGGUUGUGGGCCUCAUGAAGUCUGGUGAAACUCACACUCUUGCUGAGUUUAUGGAAAAUGGUUGGUCUGUUUUGGAGAAUCUUUGGCUGUUUCACCUUCCAAACAAAUCUACAAAUGAUGGCCAUCUCUUUGAGCUUACUGGUGCCAAAACGGUGAGAAUUUUUCCCGGAAGAAAGCUAGACUAUGAACUGAGACACAAUGGGAAACGGGGAAAUGAAAUGGAUUUCCUAACUGCUGUUGAAUUCUCCAUUGAAGAACCCUAUGGCAAAGCAGUGGCAUUGCUUGACUUGAGAUCUAGACAUGUCACGGCAAAGGAAAAGUGGAUGGUGCUGCCUGGAAUCAUUUUGGCUUUUAUUGCUUCUAAUAUAAUAAAAAAGGGAGGAUAUGAAGGCAUCAUUGCUGAAAGUAAAGAUUUGAAGGUGAAUGGGCCAAAUGAGGAAAAUGAAAAGACAGUCUUGAAUGGAAUGGGGUUGAGUUCUACUAAUAUGUGCAAUGAAGAUGAGGGGAUAACAAACAAGUCUGAACUUUCCAUUGGAGGCUGUGGGAAUGCAAUGGAAAGUGGUGGCUGUGGAGGCUGUGGUGCUGGUUGUGGCGGAGGCUGUGGAAAUAUGAUUAAGAGUGGUGGUUGUGGUUCUGGUUGUGGUGGAGGCUGUGGAAAUUUGAUUAAGGGUGGUGGUUGUGGCGGUUGUGGUGGUGGUUGUGGCGGAGGCUGUGGAAAUAUGAUUAAGAGUGGUGGUUGUGGUGCUGGUUGUGGCGGAGGCUGUGGUGGUGGUUGUGGAGGCUGUGGAGGAGGGUGUGGAAAUAGGUUGGAGAGUAGUGGCUGUGGUGGUUGUGGGGGAGGUUGUGAUGGUGAUCUUAUGGAUAGUAAAUGUGGUAUUGAUGAACAUUUCAAUGAAGAGCUAAAGUAUGUUUCAUGAUUAUGCAUGUCACUAUUGUAUUGUAUAUAUGCACAUGUGUCUAUGAGCUUCUCAAUAUAGCUUCUCUCCCAUUGAUGUCUUUCUUAGACAGGUAGAAAAAUAAGCAGGAGAGAGUUGAAUGUGUGAUAAUCAAGUAGAGGUAAUGACUCUCAGUUAAUUACCUGUGUGUCCUUAUGCUUUUCUGUUUAUGCAUGCUUCGAUAUGUAUGGAUAUUAAGAUAUUUUCAGGUGGUAUAGAUUCUACCUUUUUUUUUUUA